AGGUAGCCUACUUGCCGAAACUAUUUUCUUGUCAGUACGGUCAAGGCUGCACCGAAACUCAGCACAGAUGUGGUAUUUUUGAUUUUACGCCGCCAACAAUGAAGAUCCUGGGACUUUAUUGUGCUGUUCUUUCGAGUAUAGGUAUUUUGACAUGUACGGCUCAACAAUGUGGGCGACAACAGCUGCAGAAUAGGAUUGUGGGAGGAUUUGAUGCAGAGGAUGGUGCCUGGCCAUGGCAGGUGGACAUACAGACUCAGAGCUCAGGCCAUAUUUGUGGAGGAACCAUCAUUGCAGAAGAGUGGGUGUUGUCUGCUGCCCAUUGCUUCCCAAAUCCAUAUGAUAUCUCUUCGUACAUCAUCUAUGCCGGUCGGCACCAGCUGAAUGGCUGGAAUCCCUUCCAGUCGAGCCACCGAAUCCGCCGCGUGGUGAUCCCGCCCGAGUACUCGGACCCGCAGGAGGGGGACGACAUAGCCCUGGUGCAGCUGGACACCGGGGUCGUCUUUUCGGACCGGAUCCAACCGAUCUGCCUGCCCAACGCCAACAUGUUCUUCCCCACCGGGAUGCGAUGCACCAUCACCGGCUGGGGGAAUAUCAGAGAUGGAGUGUCCCUACAAGGAGCUGGCACUCUGCAGCAGGUCACUGUACCCAUCAUCAGCCGGUCCUCCUGCCAGUCCAUGUACAACGUCAACCCCAGCACCACCGAUCCCGUCGACAUUAUGAGUGAUAUGAUCUGCGCUGGCCAUCAAGAGGGAGGCAAAGACUCCUGUCAGGGUGAUUCUGGCGGACCUCUUGUUUGCCCCAUGGUCAACGGCACCUGGGUUCAGGCCGGGAUUGUGAGCUUCGGGCUGGGCUGCGCUCGUGCCAAUCGCCCCGGCGUCUACUCCAAGGUCUCCUCGUUCACCAGCUUCAUCGAGUCCCACAUUCCACAGCUCCGGCUCUACGGCAACGCCGGACGGAUCCGGGGGGCCGCGGCCACCAUGUUGGCGUCCAUUCUCACUGUCCUCGUGGUGGCGCACGUAUUGAGAUAAGUUUUCCCUCGGACGCAGGGAAGAUUUAAAAAUGACUAACUGCCACACCUCAUACUAUGCAAAGGUAUCACCAGGAAAUCGCCUCCUUAUAAACAGCACUCCCCCGCAUGUAAAGUAAGAAUGUAAACACGAUGAUUGGAUCUUACUUGAUGAACAGCGUAAACAUGUUCAAACAUGGCCAUUAUACUUUUUCACUCUACACCAUAGCGUGCCACCAUUGUGCCUCAGAACCUGUUUAGCUCAUGAUCUGUAGUAUCUCCCCACGUCGAUACUAUGAAUGUGAAGAUGGCUAUUUCUAUGGUCUGGGGUUUGCUAGAGGUAGUUCAAUUCAUACAUAUGCUCACAGUAAAUGGGGACCAUAUAGGGUAUUGCUUUUUUAAAAAUGUGAAGCCAAUUAUGAAAUUAUUACGACUCAUGAAGUAUUCAUUGCACAGUUGAUCAAGUUAUUGCAUACAUUUUUUGUAUCUUUUAUUUUUAUAUAUGACGAAGAAUCUCUUGUAGUUUUAAAUGUAUGAUUAUUGCAAUAAUAAAAAAAAUAUUUUAUCCA